UUAUUGCAUUAAGAAUAAACCAGCCACGCGAUCAAAGACCCGAAUGGAGUUUGCCUUUUCACCCCUUGGCUACAAAUCUUCGAUUGGCAGUAAAAAAAAAAUACAGCAGACAUCCGAAGCGCACUUUGGUUAUUUUGGAGCGUCGAGAACUGGAUUUCUAACUCACUGAUAGCCAGCGUUGCGUUUGUUGCGAAAGCUGACCAGGAGUAUUUGGGUGAAUUACGAUGUCAUUGUUCAUCACGGGCACUUGAGCUGGGUGUUCGGGAGAGUUUUGAAUGCGGUGUGGGACUCCCCGGGCUCGCUGCACUGAGAUCCGGACGUGUUGAGAACAGGGAGUCGGUGACACGGAGUCCUCAUGGCGCAACGGUACGAGGAUCUGGUCCAUUACGGAUUGGAUGCGGUCGGGAUCCCGUCUCCGAUGUACGGGGAUCCUCACGCGGCCAGAGCGAUGCAGGCGGUGCAUGUGAGUCACGGCCCGCCGCUUCACCAGUACGCACACCCCGCGGCUCCCGGGGUCCUGUCGCCCGUUAACGACGCACUAAAACGGGAUAAAGACGCCAUUUACGGGCACCCUCUCUUCCCUCUGCUUGCACUAGUUUUCGAAAAAUGUGAAUUAGCGACUUGUACGCCGAGAGAAAGCGGCGUGACCGGCGACGUCUGCUCGUCUGAAUCCUUUGACGAAGAUCUUGCAGUAUUUUCAAAGCAGAUAAGGGCGGAAAAACCUUACUUCUCGUCCAAUCCAGACUUGGAUAAUUUGAUGAUUCAAGCCAUACAAGUGUUACGAUUUCAUCUGCUCGAACUAGAGAAGGUGCAUGAGCUGUGUGACAAUUUCUGUCACCGCUACAUCAGCUGUCUGAAGGGAAAGAUGCCCACUGAUCUGAUGGUGGAUGAUAAAGAGGGGGGAUCCAGAUCUGACGGCGAGGAAUUUACACGCACUCCAGGCGGGACAGACCCGGCGUUCUGGAGGGAGGACGACGCUGCAUCUGUUCAUUCUUCUGAAGCUCCUGCGGCCUGUGGCAGACGCCGCGGCUCACACAAUGGAGACAACAGCAGCGAGCACGGUGACUUUCUGGAUCAGAGUGUUGCCUCUCCAAGCACAGGAGACGAUGAAGACCCUGAUAAAGAGAGGAAGAACAACAAGAAAAGAGGCAUUUUUCCCAAACUGGCAACCAACAUCAUGAGGGCAUGGCUGUUCCAGCACCUCACGCACCCGUACCCCUCUGAGGAACAGAAGAGGCAGCUGUCCCAGGACACUGGACUGACCAUCCUGCAGGUCAACAACUGGUUUAUCAACGCCAGGAGAAGAAUAGUCCAACCGAUGAUCGACCAGUCCAACCGCGCAGUAGGUCACGGUGGCCCGUACACUCCUGAUGGUCAGCCAGUGGCUGGUUUUGUAAUGGACGGGCAGUCGCACAUGGGCAUCAGACCACCAGCGGCUCUGGGUGGUCUUGGGGGAGUGAAUAUGGGGCUGGAGAGUCAGUGGCACUACAUGUAAACACACCCCUGGCAUCCUGCUGAACACAGCAGAGCAGAGAGUCAGGCUUUUUGGCGAGAGGAUCGAUCCUUUGCUCACGUACCCGGAGUUUUCAGACGGAUUCGGAAAUUGGAUUUUGACUUGCACCACCAUGAAUGGCCUUUAUUCAAAUACCCUAAAGAAACCCCUACAGCUUUACUCUUGGAACGAGGCGCCGUCCUCGUGAUACAGACGCUUUCAAGUUGGCCACCAGGACUCACGUUCCCUGUGAUGGGCAGAUCAAGCGUAUCAGGACAGAGAGAAAACAAUACAGGAAAAAGAAAUGCCUCAACACCUGGACGGAGAGAUUCCUUCAUGUGACCUUUCACCUGGAACCAGGUGAAUCUUCAAGUGGCCUGAAAGGCCAAAAAAAAAAGGUCUCAUGUUUCAACUCAAGUGCCACCUGAAAUAAAGAGUCAUUAUUCUGCAGACAAAAACCCCGGAGUAUUUUUGCAGCGAUAGACAUCGACGUCACCCUACCACACGUCUGCGUCACACUUCGCAGGCAUCUGUUACAGGAGUUCUCGAUCUAAUCUGUGCAAAGCAAUUCAAUACAAAGCCGUAAAUGUAUAUAAUGCUGCUGGAUGUGUCAAACGUAAUACAGAAAAGGUUCAUAAAGGCUGGUAUUGCCCGAUUAAUGCAACUAAAGGUUUCUCACACAUCAUUUACUGCAGUAUAAAUGUGCUCAGAUGCAUCUGGAUGGUCAAUGAUUUUGAAAGGUACUAAUGAUUGUUUUGGAUUUGACUGACGUGAGCUGAGCUGUAUAUUCACACUGUGUGUGUGUGUGUGUGUGUGUGUG